CUCACAUCUCUAAACCAUCCUCGACAUCGACUACUAGAACAAAUUCAAGAUCUAGUCACGAAUCACAUACUCAUUUUCGCUAUGCGCUUCGUCAAUAUUGCCACCGUCUGUGCUCUUCUUACUUUGGCAGGAGCCUUUGUUAUUCCGUCUGAUGUUUCCGAUGGUGUCUACGAGGUCGUCACUCGCGAGGACGGCACCGAAGUCCACAACAAGAUCUCUAGUUCCCCCGAGAUCAAGCGUGACCCGACUGGAGUAACCCCCUUCAAUAAAGUGGGCGCUCUCGAACGACGCCAAAACGACCGCAUCUGGUGCGGCUGCGGAUUCAACAUGAACCCUGGAAACUGUGAUGCAGCAGUAGCAGAUCUCAAGAAUCAGAUGAAACCGUCUUUUGUCAACGCAGGUCAAUCUUUCUACUCCAUCCGCGGGGACGUUGUUGCCUUCGCGUGUAACCGUAGCCCAAACCGAUCAUGGCUUCUGGUUGCCAGUAACUAUGCCAAUGCUUUGGGACGAAUCUCGGGGUCGUGCGGAAGAUAUAUUGCUGGGGCCACGGAGUUUGGUGACCCAGGCCAGGCGUUGAUUGUCGGAUAUCAACGCUAUGCAAGGGGUGAUAAUUUCUGCGCUGCUUCGACUAGCUCACCAGCCAACCAUUGCUAGGCUGGUCUAGGGUCGUGAAAGUGUACGGACUUUGACUGUGGUAGUACGGUUUGGCGGACAGGAUAGGUGGUAGUUGUGGGUUGUGGAUGGUAUCGUGCUAGGGUAUUUUGCGCUCUUUAGGAUUUAACUCAGCCGCUCAUUUUCGUAGCCAAUCUACAUUGUACCUGCAUUAUACUACGUGGAAACAGAAAAGCAC